ACCGCCAUUUUUAUAGUUUUUAAACUUCGCCAUUUGUACAUCCAUAACAUAAAAACUACCUUACCAAACAUUUCUAUCACUCGAAUCACAAUGAAAGAGUGACAAUGACUGAGUUUGGCAAUAUGAAUUUUUGACCCAGGAAUUUAAAUAUUUAUUGAUUUCUCUGCAACAUUACAUGUAUCUAAUGUUUCCUCUUCUGGAAGUCGGAAAUGUAUAUUAUAUAAAUGAUACAACGAACAGAAUGAAACUAAAACACGCUUUACAUUUUAGAGGAAAGGUCAGUGUGAUAGUAUAUAAAAUAAAUAAUAUCAAAUGUAUAUAUAAAGCACAGAAAAUGACUAACACGAACAUUAUUGGAUUGUCAAAUUUUCGGGACAACUUGUCCGUUCUUCAGGACGUGUAAAUGAAAUCAAAAAGAAGAAACAACUAGCAAUAAAACUAAACUACAAAGGCCUGAAAACAAAAACCUAGGGUGUGUACAUUUUAAAUUUCGUCACGUUUUACCCAGACAUGUAAAAACCCGUCUAUUCACAACAAGAAUCGACUCUCUGUGGACUCAGUAUGAAUAGUUGACCAUUACAUUUUAUAUUGUCGGUGAUCAAGAAAUUCUAUGGAUCAUUAUGCUAUUUUUUGAGAUGACAAAAGUUGCUAAAACAUUAAUCAGUUUACAUAACAAUCCUCACCGUUAUUCAUUUCUUGUUUAUUGUCAUAUUCCAUGAAACCCAUCUCUUAUUAAAAUAGAUUUCUUAUAAUUACCAAACUAGUAACGCAGCAUCUUACUGGGAUUUCAGUUAAUCAAAAAGCACUUAACGAUACGAACCGAGUUUCUUUAACGGGGCCAGGAUUCAAUGGACAUACAUGUAGAUAAUAAUAUAUAGCAAACAGAUAUUUGGUAUUGAACAACGGCAUUGAUAAACAUGUUUAUUAAAAAUGCACAAGGAAAUGUACAAAGUCCAAAAUCUUGAAGGACAUACAUGUAAGUUUUUAUGGAAAUUAGCACUUAUAGAUACUUUAAUAAUAGUCAAUCUGUACUGUAUAUAAUAAUGUAUAAUAGAUCACCGGUCUUUUCAUUUGUAAAUAUUCGUUAAUCGGUAUAUAUGCAAAAUGACAUGCAGAGGAUUAUUGUCAGUAAUAUAUUUCACAACUUUUGUUCCUUUUUCAUCAUUGGGCAGCAUUGCUAUUUGUGUCCAUAAUAUAACUAGACAGAGCGAAUGCUGUCAGGAUUAUAGAAAUGUUUCUGGCACGUGCGAAGCUUGCAUUGGUUCCUGGGGAAAGGAUUGUCAAUAUAGCUGUGAGUUUGGGUUUUACGGACACGGGUGUCGUGAGAAGUGUAACUGUAGUCAGGAUCAAAGAUGUGAUCCAAGAAGUGGGUGUGUCGAGAUCUCCCAUAACGUUACAGAUACAAAACAGAGUGAAUCCGGUGAAGCGUUAAGUCCGGUCGUACUAGCUGUGGGCGGGGUGCUGGUCCUGUCUUUGGUUGGAACAGUUUGGAUUGUAUUGCUGAAACUGGCACAGAAUAAAAAGGAAGGAGAAAUUAGAGAAACAGUGGCCCCAGGUAACUUUGAAAUCUAUAUUUUUCUUUCCUGUCUUAGAAUUCAAAUGUUAACUAUAAAAAUUUCUGUCGAUUUUUUUCCUGCAGGCAAUGGAUGUACAUUCCAAAAUGGAGAACAGGAAUGUAUUUAUAAUGAUGUUAGAGAAUCGCAAAUGAUGGAAAACUCGGCUAUUAGUCUGUCCGGAAAAUGUACGUCACUAAAACACGACCCAAACCGUAAUAUACCUAAAAACCACUGCAGAAGUUUACCCAGACGACAAUACGCACAAUGGCGGAAUCAAUUAACCCGCUCUAAGACUUUAGCCCCGGGACAUUAUGGAGGCUAUAACAGAUAUUCAGAUGACUACAACCACCUACACUUUGAUAAGAUGCCUGCCUUGCCGGAUAACACAACUGCCAGUAUUAGCAUGGAUGAUUAUGGAAUAAUGAAGCCGAAAUAUGAAAAAACUUCAUCACAAAACACAAAUGCUGAGGUCCGAAUGUCUGCUGACAAGAAGAAACAUCCUACCAUGUCUAGAUCCGAAACGAAAUGUCGUCCGUAUAGUUCUGUUAAAUACAACAGAAAAGUGGAAAUGGAAUAGCAAAAAACCAAAUAGUAUACUUAUGAAAUAAUGUCUUUUUCAUUGAAGUGAUUUAAUAAUACACUUGGAAGAACAAUUAAUUUGUUCAACUCAACCUUUAUUGGAAAUUUUUAAUAGUGCAAACAUUCUCUUGUUCACACCAUAUAUAUCCUAGCCCUAUCUCAUACAAUUGCGAGAAAACCUUGUUGAAAAGUUAUUCUCCGUUGCUUGAAUUUGUACACCGCCAUAGUGAUACAAUGCCAUUUUUAAUAAAGUUUAUGAAAUAAA